AAGUUAUUUACUUAUGUUCUCAUAACCUUGAGAUAACACGUAUUUAUCGUCUUGAACCGAUGUAUUUAGAAGCAAAUAAAUUGCUCUAAGUUUUGAAUAUUAAUAUGGUGAAACUGAGGUAAAACAGGUUCUAUGAUUAUUUUACUUUGUUAUUUCUUAGUUUGUGAUUUGCAAUUUUACGCAAAAUUAAAUGCACUUCGCAAUAUUUCGACUUAUCAAUAUACAGGUGAUUACUGGGGCUUCAGAUGGCAUCGGGAAAGCAUACGCUGAACAUUUGGCCAAGAAAGGACUGAACAUUGUUCUUAUCAGCAGAACUAAAUCCAAGCUGGACAAUGUAGCCCAAGAUUUAGAGAAAAAGUUCAGCGUGGAGACAAAAACAAUCGCCGUGGAUUUCACCGACACUCGUUCCAUUUACCAUGACAUCGAUAAGCAACUGACCGGAUUGGAAAUUGGAGUGCUGAUCAACAACGUGGGAAUGAGCUAUUCGCAUCCAGAGUACUUUUUGGAAAACAAGGAUAACGACCAUCUAUACGACGAUCUGAUAGCCUGCAACAUCUACUCAGUCACCAACAUGUGCAAAAUCGUCAUGCCGGGAAUGGUUGAGAGACGUAAGGGCGUUGUAGUAAACAUCUCUUCGACAGCUGCCCAGAUUCCAAGCCCCAUGUUGACCGUCUGCUGCUACCAAGUCCUAUGUCGUCAAGUUCUCGGAGGAUUUGGCUACGGAAUAUGCUAGGUAUAUCACCAGCGUUGUCUAGGUGGCUGAUUACACGGACUAUGAUGAACAUCAGGUCCAGAGCUCUCAGAAAAUCUGUCAAAUCAUAAACACGUCAAUGAAGCAAUCAAAGAACUGAGAUAUCCACCGUUGAGAAAUGUGUACCAGAAUUUUUUAUCAUAUUUAUGAUCUCAGCUUUAUGAGGUUUGCAUUUAACGAAAUUUUAUCCCAUAGUGUUGAUUUUUCAUGCCAUAUUGUGGCCCCGGCGCCAUUUUGGGAGUCAUAUUACGUAGAUUGAUUUUCUCAUAAACGUUGUUAAUAUCAUUUAAUGUAGGAUUUGUAAUGUUACCACUUGAAAUAAGUUAUUUCUAAAUACAUCUUGUUGUCCACUUUGUCGUAUUAUUUACAGUCCUUGUUUCGUCCUAUUUGGCAACUCAUCAGUAUGGUCUCGACUCGGUCUCAGGAAAGACAGAAAAUAUAAGGCGGCCAAAUUCGCGAUAGGACAAAC